AUGUGGCUGCUGCUGGUGGCCCUGUGCCUGGCCCAGGGGCUGGAAGAUGCCACCUCAGGUGCUGAAAGAAUCUACAACCCUGAGAGGUUCAUGAACAUCAGCGAGAAGAUCCUUUUCCAUGGCUAUCCCAGCGAGGAGUACGACGUGAUGACAGAGGACGGCUACUUCCUGAGCCUCAACCGGAUUCCCCACGGCAAGGGGGAUGCUGGGCUCUCAGGAUCCAAGGCCCCCGUGCUGCUAGUGCAUGGGUUUUGUCUGGAUGGUGGUGACUGGGUGGACAACCUCCCUGACAACAGCCUGGCCUUCGUCCUGGCGGAUGCGGGAUACGAUGUCUGGAUCGGGAACAACCGCGGCAACAGCUGGUCCCGCCGGCACCACAACCUGUCCAUCGACUCCGAGGAGUUCUGGGAUUUCAGCUUCCACGAGAUGGCCAUGUACGACCUCCCGGCCAUGGUGGACUUUGUCCUGGUGAAAACUGAGCAGAGGAAGCUGUUCUACGUUGGCCAUGGUCAGGGCAGCUCCCUGGGUUUCAUAGCGUUUUCCAGCAUGCCACAUCUGGCCAAGAAAAUCAAAUUCUUCUUUGCCCUGGCUCCUGUGUACACCUUCCGCCAUGCCCAGGGCCUUUUGUGGAAGCCCAUCUUUCUACCAGACCGGGUGCUCAAGGAGAUAUUUGGAACCAGAGAGCUGGUUCUGAUGCCGAGGGAGGAGAGGCCACUCCGUGUUGAGAGCUGCAGCAGAGACUGGGCGGCAGCUAAAUCGUGUGCCAAAAGCAUCUUCGCUGCCGGAGGGUACGACUCGGAGAACUUGAACUUGAGCCGACUGGAUGUGUACCUGUCUCAUUUUCCAGACUAUACAUCAGUAAAAAACCUUCUGCACUGGGGACAGACUGCAAAAACUGCACAUUUCACGCAGUUUGACUAUGGGCCGAGAAACUUGGAGAAGUACAAAAGGCUGACACCGCCCUUUUACCCGAUCGAAGCCAUGAGGGUGCCCGUGGCCAUGUGGAGCGGGGGCAAGGACCGGGUCACGCCCCCUCCUGAGACCCAGCGUCUGCUGUUCCAUCUCGCCAACGUUGUGUACCACGAGUACUUCCCUGACUGGGACCACUACGACCCCCACUGGGGCCUGGACGCCCCAGAGCGCCUGUACAGGCAGAUGGUGAUCCUGAUGGAGGAGAAUCCGUGA